UUACACCUCUACCUUUUUGAGAUUUUGUCUCUGUGGGUUUCAUCUGUAACUAUGAUAAAAUGAGAUCGGAUAUUUUUGAGAAAAUGAUCACUUCCUCAAGGUAGAAGCUUGCCUCUGAGGAGUUGAGGUUUAUUUUUGAUAGAAGGCAUAUAUAUAUGGGAUUGUUAGUUUCUUCAUUGCUAUCACCUUGGGAACAAAUCUUGCGCAGGCUUUAUGGGGAGGUGACCUUGAGAGUGGACAGCUUCAUGAGAACAGAUUCAGGAAAAAUGACAAAUUCAAUAGGGUCAGAUAAGAAAAUUGUAGUAAAUUUGAAGAACUGCAAACCUGAAAUGGGAAUGCUUGAGAAAGCUAUCUCAUUCAAGAAUUUGGUUCAGGACAAAUCAGACAAAGCUGGUUCAAAUACACUGAAGGGGAAAAAUAUUGGAGUAUUGCCUCAUAAGCUUGUACCGGCGAUUUCUCUUCCAGAGCCAGCAUUCUUAUUGUCUCCCAGACCCAUUAGUGAGCUUUAUGCUGCGGCUGUCAAGCUUCAGAAGGUAUACAAGAGCUACCGGACUCGAAGAAACCUUGCAGAUUGUGCAGUGGUGGUUGAGGAGCUAUGGUGGAAGGCAUUAGACUCUGCAGCUCUUAAGCAAAGUUCUGUUUCAUUCUUUGAUGAGGAGAAACAAGAAAGUGCAUUUUCAAGGUGGUCAAGGGCCAGAACAAGAGCAGCCAAGGUGGGAAAGGGUCUGUCAAAGGAUGAGAAGGCUCAAAAACUGGCUCUACGGCACUGGCUUGAAGCUAUUGAUCCACGCCACCGGUAUGGGCACAACUUACACAUGUACUAUGAUGUUUGGUUUGACAGCGAAAGCACUCAACCUUUCUUCUACUGGUUGGAUGUUGGUCAAGGCAAAGAAGUGAAUCUAGAAAAAUGUCCUAGGAACAUUCUACAGCGUCAAUGCAUCAAGUAUCUUGGACCGAAAGAAAGGGAGGAAUAUGAAGUAAUUGUUGAGAAAGGGAGGCUUAUUUACGGACAAAGUGGUGUGCCUGUGGAGACGGUGGAGGGUUUCAAAUGGAUAUUUGUUUUGAGCACAACUAGGGCCUUAUAUGUGGGGCAAAAGAAGAAAGGCUUGUUUCAACACUCUAGCUUUCUAGCCGGCGGUGCUACCACCGCAGCGGGCAGAUUAGUAGCCCAUGGCGGAGUCCUUGAGGCUAUAUGGCCGUACAGUGGUCAUUAUCUCCCAACCGAAGAGAAUUUCAAGGAAUUCAUCAGCUUCCUCAAAGAAAAUCAUGUAGAUCUCCGCAAUGUCAAGAAGUAUGCAGUCGAUGAUGACUUCCCUUCAGUCAAGGUGAAGGAUGAAGGACCCAUGUCGAAGGCAAUGGAUGGUUGUGAUGAAGGUAAGAAAUUAGAUCAAACGGAUGUAAGUGGCAUAAUCAAGGGGGCUACAACUUCAAAGGGCGAUCAAGAUGAGAAGGACAAGAUCAACGGUGCAAAAGAACCUCUGUAUAACUUGGGGAAGAGAUUGUCAUGCAAGUGGACGACAGGAACUGGACCACGUAUUGGGUGUGUGAGGGACUAUCCUCCGGAGCUGCAGUCGAGAGCACUGGAACAAGUGAACCUAUCACCCCGUGUUGCUCGUGUGGUGGCUAAUUACGGCCCGAUUCCUUCCCCACGGCCCAGCCCGAAUGUCCAUCUAUCUCCAAGGCUUUCAUACAUGGGCCUGCCCAGUCCACGGAGUUCUAGUUCUAAAUUAAAUAGUACUGUAUGGCCUUAACAUUAUUGCGCGUCUAACCACAACAGUAAAUUUUUUUUUUUAUU